AUGGUCUGUCAAAAUCCUAAUUGCAUGUAUUUGCAUGAACCUGGAGAGGAAGCUGACAGUUAUACUAAGGAAGAUUUAGCUUCAGUUAAAUAUCACCUAAAAGAACAUACAAGUACAGAAACACAUAAGGUUCAUCAGCUAGGACGACCAUUAUCAUCAGGGACAUCGAGUGUUUUUCCACCACAGAAAAAGCCUGAGACACCGCAUCGCGCUCUUGGCCCUGAAAGCGACAGAGGAAGCAAUGAUGAGAGAGAAGAGGCGUCGGCAUUACCUCCUACUGCUUCUUGGGCUACUAAACCAUCAAGUACAGAAUCUACACCUGUGUUAAACAAUAAGCCUUUGCCACAGUUACAGCAUACAUCUUCACAGCAAUCAUCUAAUUCGGCACAGUCCCAGCCUUCAUCACAUACUUCACAUCAUCCACCACAAUCAACACAUGUAAUACAUCCUUCACAAAAAACACAAAAUUCACAACAAUCACAACAAUCAUAUCCACCGCAUUUGCCAAAUUUUCAACAUCUGCCACCAUCACCGUCUCAAGAGCAAAAAUCCAAACGCAUUGUAGUAGUUGAAUCCUCAGGAUCAAAGGCAAUUAAGAAAAUAGAGUCACAAUCAGUACAACAUUUAACAGCUGUGUCUAAAAGGAAAGAAGUCGACUUAGAUAUAGAACAUGAGAAGCCUCAACAAUUAGUAACUGAAUUAGUUCAGGGUGCUAAGUUACAGGACCAGUUUGUUCCUCCAUCAUUUCCUUCAGCAGAACAAUCUAACGAUAAACCUUCGCAACUCGUUACUAAACAAAAUGAUAUAGUUGCAGACUUUGAUCAAACAUUAUCUGCUCUUAGUGAUGGUUCUUUUUCUUUUUCUUUCAAUGUUCCAUUACUGGAAAAUAAUGCAGUUUCAGAAGGAAGACAUAAGGAUAAAGUUUCCACAAUUACUUCGGACAAUGUUGUUGGAAGUUCUCGUAUAGUAUCUCCACCCCCUAGCGCUGGAUCAGGCACCGGACUUCAUGCAGAAGUUUCUAGUUCAAACCUUGUUAACACUAAUACUGAUUAUGCUCAACCAAUACCUACACCAUACACUGGUUCAUUUAAUCCAUUUGCGACAGAAGAUAACAAAUUUGAUCCAUUCGCCACAGAUAAUUCAAAUUCGUUGAGUAUUUUAGGAUUAUCUUCUCUUGGUAGCAAUAAUAAUAUAGCAGACACUUAUACAAACGAUUCUAGGUCUCAUUCGUCGCACGGACAAUCAUCCCCUGCAAAAUCUAGGCUAUCAUCUCGGUUUGGUUUUGCUCUAGAAGAUGGUGAUAAUGCUCAUUUGAAUGGAUCAGAUACGUUGACUAUGAAAGAUUUACAAGAAGAUUUUCGUGCAAUUUUCCCUAAUGUCAAUAUAAGUUUUGGUCCUAGUGAUGUGCACCAAGAAUCCAUGUGGAAUACGUCAAAUGAUUCUACGUUUACACCACCUUUACGGCGAACAUUAUUGACAGCCCCUCCUGGUGUUCCAAUAGCUAACAAUUUAAAUUCGACUCAUUCGCUUCAUAAUACAACUUCUGCUGUAAGUUUGGAUCCUUUCCAGCAAAAUAUUUUAUUGCAACAUCAUCAACCCAUGAUUUCUAGCACAUCCGCACCAGCUAUUAAAUCUCCACCCCCUGGAAUAUUUACUCCAACAACACAUCGUAUGGAUUUUGGAAUGACAGGUGGAUGGAACCCACAAAAUGCUCCAUGGAAUAUUGAAGAACAAUAUCUAUCACGUCAACCCUCACAUCAGAAUCAGCAAUUUAUGCAAGGAACUUCACGUCCCUCUAGAGAUGAGGCUCAAGAUUUUUUCGGUGCUUUCUUAAAGGCUGCGGCAGCUAGUUCGAAUGUCCAGGAUGAUAUUCCUAAUGAAGCGGAGUCUUUACCCAACAUUUUACAAGAUCCUGCCAUUAUGUCCGUUCGCAUAUCUCAGGCAGACAGCGCAUAUCGAGCACCUGGUGCACCAGUUAUGCCACAAUAUCAGCCAAUACAAAAUGUUGGGGGCCAUCGAUUAAGUGUUUUUGAACGGGUGGCAAGAACGGGUGACGAACAGAUUGGUAGUGGGUUCGGUGUAGGAAUCGGAAUGGGGGAUGCAGGCCUAAAUGACGCAUCUAAAGAAAUACAAACUACUUCCAUUCAUUCGGAACGACCUGCAGAAAUUGAAAAGGAAUCAAUCCAAACUUUGAAUGUGGCUCAUGUCAAAAGUCCGUCGUUUUCUGCCAAGGAUACCGCAAUCAAAAAAUCCAAUAAUAAUUUAAACUCCAAUCAAUCUAAAAAGCCUACAUCCGUAAAGGUUAUAAGUAUAAAAUCAAAUAGUGGAAAUAAUUCUCAACAACAGUCAAAAUCCGCUAUGAGUCCAUCUGGUCAACCAUCUCAUACAAAAUCUCAUCAUAACGAUAAUCCUGUUCGAAAGUCAGAUUCAAGUUCCGCUACCGAUUCAACAUCUACUUUAAAUAUCACAACUAGUAACUCGAGAAAAAAGGAUAGGCAUUCAAGAAAUUCUUCCACAAAUUCUAAUAAUAAGUCAACUAUAGGGAACAUCACUUUUAAAGAUUCAAAAAAGCAUGGUAAUGCGGAUAUACAAGUGUCUUCUUCAAAAUUCAAAGAUACACCUAAUCAAAAAGGAAAUGCCAUUGAUGAAAAUCGAACAAGAACGUCCACCAACGAAUCAUCUGUCGUUCCAUCUCCAAUUCUUUCCAAGAAACCUAAAAAGAAAGACAAGAAUAGUUCUGCUCAGGUUUUUUCUAAUACUGCAAAGAAUGAUGUCAAAAAAGAUAUGAAAGCUAAUCUUACGGCAAAUGAUACUACCACUAUUCAAAAAGAAUUUAUCAAUAUUGGGGAAUCAACUGAUAUUGAUUCCAAGGAAUUUCAAUCUGGUGUAUCUUCCAGUGAAAUCAACGCUAAAAUGCCAAAGGAUUUUAAGUUUGACUUUGCAUCAUCUGUACUCUUUUCCUUACCUCCGAGCAUUUCUGGUUCGAAAAUUGACCAGAACAAUGAGUCGGUUUCCAAUCUCUCUGCUUUCGAAAGCUCUUCUUUGGAUUUUAAAACACCUACUUCUACCACCUUUGAUUUCUCAUCCGCUGACCUGUUCUCCAAGGAUUUCAACUUCAACACUUCCUCCAUUUUCAAUUUACAAACUUCUUUCUCAUCCGCUUCCCCCUUAUUUGGUUCUUCUUCAAACAACAACAACUCAGGUUCUCCGAUCUUGAUGAGCGAAAGUACUAACUUAUGGACUACUCCUAAUCCUUCCAAUGCUGCUACCAUAAUCAACAAUAAUUCGAACGGUUCUAACGGGUUAAGGACUACAACUGCCUCAGUUGAAGAUCUUGAACGGCAAGUGGCAAAUGCUAGAAGAGAAGCUGAGGAGUUGGAGCACCGUUUGAGAGCUGUAAUUAAGAAAAACACGCAUCUUCAUCAAGAUGCUUGGAAGUGA